UUGUUAUCUCUUUGAAAAAAAAAAAAAAAAAACAAAUCAAAUAUACUUACACUUAGAAAAGUACCCUUUUCUGUGGCUAAUCUGUUAUCUUCUUUUCCCAAAAAAUUAAUAAAAAAGAACAAAAUAUUCUUCUUUAAUUUCUUUAUUUUAUUUUGCACUCCUUACCACAAACAAAAAGUUUUGUAAAAAAAAAAGAAAUACUAAAACGAAAUAAAAGAAUCCAUCAGAACAGAAACAAAUUUUUUGCUUUGCUACUUUUUUGCUUUGCCAUUUGGAACUCUCUCAAACUCGCACCUCUCGGCACAGUAUAGCAAUCGUAAUAAUCGUGGAGUUGGAGUCAAACGAAGUCGUCGAGUGUAUUUGUACUUGUUCCUAUUAUCAUCAUCGGUUUUUCAUUCGUGCGACGUUGUUGUUGUUGGUUCUUUUGGUUGUUUCUUGUUUCUUGUUUGUUUUUCUUUUUUGCUUUUUUUGUAUCGAAUCGAGUGUGUAGCUGGUUACCCGUGACUCUGACUGGGUUCUCUUUGAUUCUGUUGGCUUUUGCACGCGAAAUACAAAAUUUAAACAACAAAAAACCUUCAAAGUCAUAAACAGUCUGUGUGUUUUGUGGUUGGCUUUUUUUUUUUUUGUGGGAUUCAUUUGGAAUUGGCGAUAGAAAGUCCAACUCUAGAAUAAUCUCUCGUUGUCGUCUUAUUUUGCAAACUCCUUUGAAUGUCAAUUCGCGCGAGUUUUUAGUUUGUUCGUUUUGUUCCAUCAUCGUUGUGGUUUUUGAAGGAGCUUCUCUUCUGCGUCGUCCUCCUGGAGCAUCUCUCAGCUAACCUAUCAUCAUCAUAAUAAUAAAAAGUUCAGGUCACCGAACCUAGGCUUUUUCUCCGCCUGAGCGAGCGCCUCUGCCAUCAUCAACACACAACCAGCUUUUUAGAACAAAAAAAAAAAGAAAUAAAAGAGUCAAUAUACGACAACGACACAUUAUUAAGAAAACGCGAAACACAAAAGAAUACUAAUAUACCGAACCGUGUGUCGUGUAUACUUAGAAGAGCUGUGAGAGAGCUGUUAUUCACUCAAGACAAAAAGAAGAAGCAGAAGAAAAGGACUUUUCUUGAUCUCGACCGCCGCCGAGAGUCGACCGGAAAAGAAGUGAUAAAUUCCAACUUAAAACAAAACAAAAAAAAAAAAAAAAACGCCUGGCAAAUACGACGUCACGGAGACUUGAAGGAGAUUUGCCAAAAUGGGAAAAUACAGUGGUAAAAAAUGUCGACUACUGUCAAUGAUGUGGCUGACGGCAUUCUUCUUUUUUGUCGAAAUCGUCGUUGGAUAUGUGACAAAUUCAAUGGCACUUGUGGCAGACAGUUUUCAUAUGCUUGGCGACAUAGCAGCUUUAGUCAUAUCAUUCUUAUCAGUUAAGAUGUCGCCAAAGAAAUGGUCAAAAAAUACAUUCGGUUGGGCCAGAGCCGAAGUCCUUGGUGCUUUAGUUAAUGCCGUAUUUUUAGUAGCUCUAUGUUUUAGUAUAACGAUAGAAGCGUGUAAAAGGUUUAUCGAAGAAGAAACGAUACACGAACCAAAACUUCUAUUGAUUGUAGGUGUAUUAGGUUUACUAGUCAACGUGAUAGGUUUAUUUUUGCUUUAUGAACACGGAGGACACCAUGGUCACUCUCAUGGUGGAUUGACAAGAAAUCAUAGCCGCAUCAAUGAACUAGCCAAUGUCGAUGAAGCAGAAGGUGAUAAUAAUUCGUUUACAUACCAAAAUCAGGAUAAGUCCGCACUUAAGAAAUCAAGCCAUGGACACAGUCAUGAUCCUGGUUCAAUGAAUAUGCGAGGUGCAUUCUUGCACGUUCUUAGUGAUGCUUUGGGUAGUGUAAUUGUUGUACUUAGUGCAUUGAUUGUAUGGAAAACAAAUUGGAAAUAUCGUUUUUAUAUGGAUCCAGCACUAUCGAUUGUUCUCGUUUUACUUAUUUUACGUUCAGUUUGGCCCUUAUUAAGAGAAUCAGCUUUAAUUCUAUUACAAACAGUUCCAACUCACAUUCAAGUAGAUGCAAUUCAAAGACGACUUCUUGAAAAAGUCGAUGGUGUAUUGGCCGUUCAUGAAUUCCAUGUGUGGCAAUUAGCUGGUGAUCGAAUUAUUGCUUCAGCUCAUAUCAGAUGCCGCAAUUUAUCUGAAUAUAUGAAAAUCGCUGAAAAGGUGAAAGAAUUCUUUCACAAUGAAGGAAUCCAUUCGACAACAAUUCAACCUGAAUUUGUUGAAAUUGAAGGUUGCAAUAUGUCUGAUGGUACAUCCAGUUUAAAUAUGAGUGGAUCAGAUUGCUGUGCACUAGAUUGUCCAACAACAGAAGAAGGAUGUGUCAAAGCCACUUGCUGCCAAACUAAUAAUAAAGUAUCACAACUGCCAUCACCGGCGAAUUCUCCGUAUUUAUGUCGCCAAAGAAAUUCAACUAGAAAUACAAAUGAUAUUGAAUCAGGUUCGCUUUUAGAAUCUGUUACAACAGCCGCCAAUUUAAUUAGCAAUCCUCCUACAGCGCCUCCCCUGGCUCUAAUUGAAGACAAAACCAAAGUCAUAGUUUGACAAAAUAAAAGCCAAAAUAAAAAGCCAGUUAGACUUCAUCAUCAAAAUCAAACUAAACAACAAGAAAAUUCAAACCAAAACCAAUUACAAAACCAGGAACAACAACAUUCAGAAUCACCACAAAAACUAUUUUCACUAUCAUCAUCGUCUAAUUUAUCAGCAGGAAUAAAAGAAAAGAAAAGCCAAUUAACCGCAGCAUCAUUAUUAUCAUCAUCAUCACCAUCAUCCAUAUCGGCUACUGCUCCAACAACAACAACAACAAGUAGUAAAUUCGAAUUGAACUUUGUCAACAAAUUACCGCCACCAUUUAGAAAGUCUGAAAGCCGUUUACCAAAUGCACAUAUAUUCGCCAGUGCACUAAAAAGAACACCCAACUCUCAACGAAGACUACUCCUUAAGGCAGAUGAUGAUAAAGAUAAUAAUUGCAGUAGCCCACCAGAGGCUAUUGCUGCUGCUGUUGUAAGUAGUGCAGCAAGUCCAUUGGUUCUCAGAGUAUCAACUGUUGAAGUAACAACUACAAACAACAAUAAACACUCUGAAUCCAUGGAACAUAAAAAUGAUGACGACGAGCCACUUAACAACUGCAAUGAGCACGGACACUGUGAGAUUCACAAUGAAGAAAACAACAAAAACAGACUGAACAAUAUGCAUUGCCAGUGCAAUAACAAAGCGGCUAUUUCUCCUCCAACUGCCAAUGGCUAAAUGACUACAUAUUAAACAAAACAACAAGACAAAAAAUACAUAUUCUCGUAAAAAGAAUAUGUGUUUUGCCAAGCGCAAACAAAGGUUAAAACCCAUCAGACCACAAAAA